AUGAAUUUUUUUAGAGGUGUGUUAUCUGAGUUUGUAUCUAGUGCACAGGACAGCGCGCAGAAUGUUUUAUCUUCAAAGAAUCUUGAAACUGCCCAGAUUAAUAAUCCUGAGCCAGCGCCUGUAGAAGAAACAGACCAAGAAAUAGUUUCUAAGCAUAUACAAAGCAUGGGAGGUUCUAUAUACAACAUUAUAUUAUCAGGGUUUUCAUUGAUCUCAACAAAGGUUUUCACUGUUAUAGAUAAUCAAUUUGAACUAUUUGAAGGGCAGUUUAGCACUAGCAUAAGCAGCACAUUUAGGUGCUACUUUAUUUUAUUUCUAUUUUUGGUUUUAUUUUUAUUUUCAUAUGCUAUAACCAUAAUCAACAUUGCUUUAUGCGUUCUUCCAUAUAUUCUUUCUAUCUCAUCGGCAAACACAAUAGGCUAUAAAUAUUAUCUGGGCAUCGCGCUAUUUGUAAAUCUAAUUAUAUACAUUGUUUCAUGCACUCUUUUGUAUAUUGCGCUGGCUAUGUAUAUAGGCAUUUUACUUGAUUCUUAUUAUAGCUUUAAGAACAUGAACAGCAAUAAUUCAACGCUUAGAGCGUUCAAAAUAGCUCAGACUUUGUCAAUCCUAAUGGUAUCUCUAACAAAUUUGAUGGUUCUAUAUUAUAAAACAGAACUUUUGUUCUAUUUAGGAGGUGCAACAUUCGGGGUGGCUAUUAACUUUCUUCUUUGCUUAACCUUUAUUGGCAGUAAUAUUCUCAUACUAAAAUAUUUUUAUCAUAAAGUGCGUAGCCUCAUUAGGGGAAAAAUAGGCAAGCAAUAUAACCACAGCUAUAUGCUAGGGUUUUACAGUAUUAUCUUUGUAGUGGCUAUAAGCUUGGUUAUUACUGCAUCAGCAGGAAACUUUUUUACUAUAAUAACCUCUGCUUCAAAGAUAGCCUCAUAUGCCGUUGCGUAG